AAAAGAAAAAAACUACAAAAAAAAAAUGGGUUAUGAUGGUUAUUUUCUAAUUGGAGUGAGAGGUAGUUGACUGUCGCGUAUCGGUGGAUAAUUGUUUCUCGGUUGCUUAAUAAAAUUUGUUCCCGGUGCGGAUUACCCAUAUCUGCAUCCGAUCGGGGAAGAAUGGCAUCGCCGGCGGUCCAGCGCUCAUCAAUUCAGCGCCUCCCUACCUUCAAAGACAGAACCACUGCCACCACCUCCGGAACCCCAUCAUCGUCCAGCCCUCCAUCCUCUUCCUCAUCACUCUUAGAUUCCUUUGCCUCCGACCCAAUUUUCUCCAAAUUCCUCUCCUCCGAUUUCGACUCAACCCGGUUCUCCUCUGAGGCACUCUCUUCAGGCACAGCCGCUGCUCGUGCCGAGAAGAUCCAAGACGGCAUCCGCCUCCUAGAGAAGCAGCUCCGUUCCGAAGUCCUGUCUCGUCACAACGAUCUUCUCUCGCAGCUCUCUUCCGUCAAGGAUGCCGAAUCCUCUCUCUCCUCCAUUCGGUCCGCCGUCUCGACUCUCCAAUCCUCCGUACGCCUCGUCCGUUCCGAGAUCGCCGAUCCAAACCGUCAGAUCCGAUCUAAAACGGUUCAACUCUCUAACCUCCAUUUCACCGUCGAUCUCCUUCAGUCCACUGUCCGUGUACUCCGUCUCUCCAAGAAGCUACGCGACGUGAUGGCGGAACCCGAAGCCGAGAAACUCGAUCUCUCCAAAGCUGCUCAAUUACACAGUGAGAUAUUGCGCCUCUGCAAUGAAAAUGAUCUAUCUGGAAUUGCCCCAGUCGAUGAGGAACUGAAAUGGAUAUACGAAGCAGGCCAGAGGUUGCGCUCUGAAGGAAUGAAAGUACUUGAAAGGGGUCUUGAAAGUUUUAAUCAGGCGGAGGUUGGUGCUGGCUUACAGGUGUUCUACAAUCUAGGGGAGUUGAGGACAACGGUAGAUACUUUGAUAAACAAGUAUAAGACUCAGGGUGUAAAGAGUGUGAGUGUUGCCUUGGAUAUGAAGACGAUAUCUACAUCCGGUGGUGGUGGUUUUGGUGGUCCGGGAGGGAUACAAAGGAGCGGAACACCACAGCUCGGUGGUGGAGGUAAGGCCAAAGAUGCAUUAUGGCAGAGGAUGGCUGUUUGUAUGGAUCAUUUGCAUUCAGUCGUGGUUGCCAUUUGGCAUUUGCAGAGGGUGUUAUCAAAGAAAAGGGAUCCCUUCACUCAUGCCUUGCUACUUGAUGAAGUGAUGCAGGAAGGCGACUCUAUCUUAACCACUCGUGUGUGGGAGGCAAUUGUAAAAUCAUUCGCAAACCAAAUGAAAUCCACUUUCACAGCAUCAAGUUUUGUCAAAGAGAUAUUCACAGUUGGAUACCCAAAGCUGUUCUCCAUGAUAGAAAAUCUUCUAGAAAGAAUUUCACGAGACACAGAUGUCAAAGGGGUUUUACCUGCCAUAACACUCGAAGAUCUUGUCAACUCUGUAUUCCCUAUGUCAAACCGUGGUAGUAUUCCCUCUAAAGAACAUAUUUCAAGAAUUAUCUCACGAAUUCAAGAAGAAAUUCAAGCUGUUCAAAUGGAUGCACGCUUGACCCUUCUUGUCCUCCGUGAAAUCAGCAAAGUCCUCCUUUUACUCGCUCAACGAGCCGAGUACCAGAUAGCAACGGGACCCGAAGCGCGUCAGAUAACGGGGCCUGCGACUCCUGCGCAAGUAAAAAACUUCACACUCUGUCAACACCUACAAGACAUCCACAUCAGCAUCUCCGCCAUAACACCGCCAAUCGCCGCCGACGUCCUCUCCCCCUCCCUCAACACGAUCUACGAAGUCGCCUGCGAUUCCGUCACCUCCCUAUUCCAAUCCAUGCUCGACCGCCUCGAAUCCACCAUCCUCCAAAUCCACAACCAAAACUUCGGGGCCCACGGAGCCGAUGCCGCCAUGGACAACAACUCAUCACCGUACAUGGAAGACCUCCAAAAGCACAUCACCCAUUUCCGCACCGAAUUCCUUUCCCGACUCCUCCCCACAUCCGCCAAAGGAGCCGGAACCGGAAUCGGAAUCGGAACCGAAACCAUUUGCAUGCGUCUGGUCCGAACCAUGGCGGCUCGAGUCCUGAUCUUCUUCAUCCGACACGCGUCCCUGGUUCGACCGCUGUCCGAGUCCGGGAAACUCCGAAUGGCACGAGACAUGGCCGAGUUGGAACUAUCCGUGGGUCAAAACUUGUACCCGGUUGAGCAACUCGGUGCACCGUAUCGGGCCCUACGGGCGUUGCGCCCGGUUAUCUUUUUGGAAACGAGUCAACUCGGGUCGUCACCAGUGAUCCAGGAUUUGCCACCGAGUGUUGUGUUGCAUCAUUUGUAUUCGCGGGGCCCGGAUGAGUUGCAGUCGCCGAUGCAACGGAAUAAGCUUACGGCUUUACAGUAUUCGUUGUGGUUGGAUUCGCAGGGAGAGGAUCAGAUUUGGAAAGGGAUUAAGGCGACUUUGGAUGAUUAUGCAGUUGGUGUGAGGGCCAGAGGAGAGAAGGAGUUUAGUCCUGUUUAUCCGCUUAUGUUGAGUAUAGGUUUUGGUUGCUUCGGUUUAAUGAAAAUGAUUUCUUUAGACUUUGCAAUAUUGUUAGUAACCGCUGUCAAUGGGAUCUUAUACUAUCCAAAAAACGCUGAACCAUAUGAUCAAAUUCCACACCAAAUUGGGAACAAGAAAGAUGAUAAGCAAGCCAAUAGCAAGGUAAAGUCAGCACGAUACGGGUAUCACCAUAAUUGGCCAUUUAUGUAA